AUGAGGCCCUAUUUUCCAGCCCUCGUCACCUCCCUUCUCCUCGUUGGACCCGCCGCGGCAUGGGGCUCAUCUGCCAAAUCCAAGAAUGCCAUCCUCCUAUCCAACGUGCAGAGCCUCACCCUCCGCGGCAACGGCGCAAAGACCACAAACCGCCGUGUGUCGGCCAUCCCCCAGCUCAAGUGCGUCUCCCACCCAGACCUAUGCCGCCAUGCCAGCAUCGACGUGAUGCGGUGCACCAACCAGGGCUCCUCCUACGGGACUGAGGAUAUCGAGUGGAGCUGCGCCGCUUCUGUCCCCGACGAGUUCCAGCUGGGCAGUACCAACGUCAUCUGCGAGGGUUAUUCGAACCCCGAUGACCCUUAUAUCCUCAAGGGCAGCUGCGGUGUCGAGUACACCGUUACCCUCACCGGUAAGGGUGAGAGAAGACAUCCAGACCUCGCCGAUACCGUUAGAAAGCAGAAUGAAGGCUCGUCCAAUACUGUGUUCUGGUCAAUCUUCUUCAUCAUAGCAGUCUGCAUUGGUCUAGCAGCACUGCUCCGCCAUUCAGAAAACACAGCACCGCAACAGAGACGUCCUCGCACUAGAAGAGGAGGAGGGGGGAGCGGAUGGGGAGGAGGUGGAGGUGGAGGAGGCGGCGGAGGCCCAGGUGGAUGGAACCCAGGUUGGGGCUCUGGCGAUAACGACGCACCUCCCCCCUAUUCAGAGCCGAAGCCAAUUUACAACUCAGCCCCAUCCUCGUCGUCCUCUUGGAGGCCUGGAUUCUGGUCUGGUGCUGCUGCUGGCAGUGCUGCGGGAUAUGCAGCUGGUCGACGUGGUGGUGGGAGCUCCUCCCGUGGUCCAACCUACAGCGACCAUACCACAGACAGCGGUUGGGGUAGGAGUCAUGGGGAAUCGUCGUCCUCUCAAUCAGGACGAUCAGGGCCCUCGGGUGACACUCAUGAAAGCACUGGGUUCGGCUCUACCAGCCGCAGGUGA